CCGAGUCAGGAGGGAUACAGAAAAACGAGUCAGUCGCGUCCUAGCCUGCAUGGGCUAGCCGGUAAGCUAAGUGUAGCUCGGUGAUAGCUGCCGCCGCUGCUAAACGCGCCACUUUGUGCCUCCUCAGUCCGGCUCCAGGAUGAUGAAGUUUCGCUUUCGUCGACAGGGCGCCGACCCGCAGAGGGAGAAAAUCAAACAGGAGCUUUUCGCCUUCAACAAGACGGUGGAGCAUGGUUUCCCACAUCAACCAAGUGCGUUGGCCUUUGACCCAGUGUUGCAACUCAUGGCUAUUGGCACUAGGGCAGGAGCUAUCAAAGUAUACGGCGCGCCUGGCGUGGAGUUCACCGGACUGCACAAUGACACCACUUCUGUCACACAAAUCCACUUCCUACCUGGACAGGGACGCCUGUUGUCACUUCUGGAUGACAACACCAUUCACCUGUGGGAGCUGACCGCCAUGACCCCCAGGCAGGUGGGAGGAGUUAAGAGAGAGGGUGUGGUCAUCCUACAGGAAGUGGCCAGCUAUAGUCUCCCAGGAAGGCCAGGAAUUGAGAGCUGCAGUACCACACGAGUGACCGUCCUUCUCCUGCAGAGAUCAUGCACUGUGCUCUGCAUUGGAACUGAGGGAGGGGGUGUCUACUUCCUGGAUUUGGCCAUUCUGUCACUUAAAGACAGCCAGACGUUGCUGCAGGACCAGGUCACGCAGAGCCUGCCAGAAGACUACAGAUGUGGCAAAUCGUUAGGACCUGUGGAAUCUCUUCAGGAGCAUCCCCGGCAAGCAGGGAAGAUUCUGAUCGGUUACAGCCGUGGCCUGGUGGUGCUGUGGGAUGUGAGCAGCCGUCAAAUAGAACAACUCUUUCUUGGCAAACAGCAGCUGGAGAGUCUCGUGUGGGAGCGUUCGGGGAACUUGUUUGUGAGUUCCCAUAGCGACGGUGGCUAUUCCGUGUGGGCUGUUGCCGGCGGCAACGCCAACAACCAGCAGCCGGUGUCCUCUGCCAUCCCAUAUGGUCCUUUUCCCUGUAAAGCUAUAAAUAAAAUCCUAUGGCGGACAACAGAGACGGGAUCCCCAAUGUUGUUGUACAGCGGAGGGAUGCCCCGGGCCAGCUAUGGUGACCGCCACUGUCUGACCAUCCAGCAGGAUAAAGAGCAUGUUACCUUGGACUUCACGUCCCGGGUCAUUGACUUCUUUACAGUGCACAAUGUUGAGCAAGAGAAAGAAUGGGACGAGCCGUCUGCACUAUUAGUCUUACUAGAAGAGGAGCUGGUUGUAAUCGACCUCCAAACCCCCGGAUGGCCCUCUUUGCCUACUCCUUAUCUGGCUCCGCUCCACUCCUCUGCCGUCACGUGUUCCUGCCACAUCUCCAGUGUCCCUCCUAAGCUGUGGGAGAGGCUGCUCAACGCUGGCAAAGCGCAGCAGGGUCGCCAACAUACAUCUAAGAAAUGGCCCAUUUGUGGUGGGAAAAACUUGGCUCCUCCGCCCACACAGCAAGAACUGCUAUUGACAGGACAUGAAGAUGGCACCGUGCGCUUCUGGGACGCGUCCGGGGUGGCCCUCACGCCGGUGUACAAAAUAGGAACGGCCAACGUCUUCCACACCGACUGCGACCCCAGCGACGACCCUAGCAACGACCCCGACAUGCAGCAGGAAGAAGAAUGGCCUCCCUUCAAGAAGGUGGGCUGCUUUGACCCGUACAGUGAUGACCCCCGGCUGGGCAUCCAGAAGAUCAGCCUGUGCAAGUACAGCAACAAGCUGGUGGUGGCAGGGACUGCGGGGCAGGUGAUAGUGCUAGGUUUGAACGACGAGUCCUCCGACCACACGGUAGAUGUCUCCGUGGUUGAUCUGCUGCAGGACCGGGAGGGCUUCACGUGGAAAGGCCACGACCGACUGGAUCCGCGCCUCAAACCCGCCCCCUUUCCGCCAGGUUUUCAGCCUCAGGUGCUGGUGCAAUGCAUGCCGCCUGCGUCGGUCACAGCCGUGGCACUGCACGCCGAGUGGAACCUCAUCGCCUUUGGGACCAGUCAUGGCUUUGGUCUCUUCGACUACCACAGGAGAAAUGCUGUCUUGGCCAGAUGUACCCUCCACCCUAAUGACUCCCUCGCUAUGGAGGGUCCCCUGUCCAGAGUCAAAUCCUUAAAAAAAUCUUUACGGCAGAGCUUCAGGCGUAUCCGUAAGAGCAGAGUGUCUGGGAAGAAACGCCCCAUCACUACGCCCACCAGCAAGGUCCAGGAGGCCAACGCUGCCUUAGCUGAGCAAGAGGACGUGGCUCCCAUCCAGCGGAGAAUUGAGCCACGGUCAGCAGACGACUCUUUAUCGGGAGUUGUUCGAUGCCUCUGCUUCGCUGACACCUUCCUACGUGAUGGCACACACCACGGACCCACGCUCUGGGCAGGCACCAACUCGGGCAGCGUGUACGCCUACGCUCUGGAGGUGCCAGGCGUGGGCUCCGGGCGCGGCCCUGAGCGGGGAGUAGGCGGCGAGAGCAGCGCAUGCGUGGAGGCGGUCCUGGGCAAAGAGAUUCAGCUGAUGCACCGAGCCCCCGUAGUGUCCAUCUGCGUGCUGGACGGACGCGCUAAACCACUACCGGACCCUUAUGAAGCCUCACAGGACCUGGCGAGCGCUCCCGAUAUGUCCAGCGCUCAUUCUGUGCUCAUUGCCUCAGAGGAACAACUCAAGGUGUUCUCUCUCCCAAAGGUGAGCGCCAAGACCAAGUUCAAGCUGACGGCUCACGAGGGCUGUCGCGUGAGGAAGGUGGCUCUGGCGGUCUUCAGCUCCACGGCCCAGGAGGACUACAGCGAGCACACCUUGGUGUGUCUGACCAACAUGGGCGACAUGCACCUCUUCAACAUACCCGGCCUCAGGCCGCAGGUACGCUACGACUGCAUUCGUAAGGAGGACAUCAGUGGCAUCGCGUCGUGCGUCUUCACCAGGAAUGGACAAGGCUUCUACCUGGUUUCUCCUUCAGAGUACGAGAGGUUCUCUUUGUCGGCGAAGGUCCUCACUCAAGCUCUCUGCUGUGUUGGCGUGGACAGACUGAUGGCGUGCAGCCACGGAAUGACCCUUCUGCCACACGCCAACGGAACCCACAAGAACCAGAUGGGACAAGCUGAGGGACCGACAGAGACGUCCCCCAGCUCCUUGUCCUCCCCCAUCCUAGACACGCCCCUGGACUCUCCCCUCAGCUGUGCUGAUCUCACCCUGGACUCCACGGGCGAGCUCACUGUGGAAGAUGUCAGAGACUUCCUCACUGUGGACGAGGAGGAGAACAACCUGAAGAACAUUCAAGAGGAAGACGAACACUCUGCUGGCAUUCUCAUCAACUAAACAAGUCUCCCGGUGGUCUGGAUGGACUUGAUAUCAGUGCUGGACCACAAAUGUCAUCAAGCCCACAGUCUGGACUCCCACGUGGGAGGACUAAACAAGAAGAGCUUGUUUAGAAGCACUUUUAACGUACAUUAGGACCAUCCACUCACUCUUUCAUUCCCCAGAGCUUUGUGGACAUUGUUGACUUGGAUGGUUGUUAUUGUGAAGAUGGACACUCGGACACGUUUGUGAUGGCUUUUAAGGAAAAGGGAAGGUUGUAGGAUGCAAGUUGAGCCACAAGAGGGUGCUGUGCUACUCCAGACACAACAUUCACACUGCAAUCUGGACUUAUAUCUUCCUCUUGCACCAGGGAAGUGUGACAAGUAAGUUGGCUCGAAAGCAAAGUGUGUGUGUGUGUGUGUGUGUGUGUGUGUGUGUGUGUGUGUGUGUGUGUGUGUGUGUGUGUGUGUGUGUGUGUGUGUGUGUGUGUGUGUGUGUGUGUGUGUGUGUGUGUGUGUGUGUGUGUGUGUGUGUGUGUGUGUGUGCACAGCAGAGCUUCAUUGAGCGGUAAUUCCUUUUUUCUGUCGAACUUUUACUGUGUAAAAAAAGGUGUAGUUGAUGUAGUUAACACCACUAAAGUCACAAGCUCUCUUUAAUCAACCAGCUAACUGAAUAAGGUAACAGCUUAAAAAAAAAAAAGGGACCUCACGACAAAACUAAUCUAGCUCAACAGGUAGAUUCAUUCUCCCUUUUUUUGUGUCGUUUUUAUUCCUUUUUUUUGUUAACACUUCCAUGUUACUUUUUUAAUUCCAGUAUGAGGAUGAAGAAUUUAGUUUUUUU